AUGAUGAACGCCUCCCUUCCGUCAUGGAAGGAUCGCACCCAGAACCAGUUCGGGAAGCUCCAGAUCCAGAUGCCCUGGCGUUCCUUUCAACUCCUGGUGCCCCAUCGCAUGCGUCGCAAGAUUCGAUCGAAGUUGCGGAGCAGGAUAGCGCCCACCUCGUCGAUCUCCACGCUGCAAACUUCCUUCUCGCCCGCAGACACGCUCCGGUCACUACAAGGCCACCGGUGGACGCUGUAUGACUUUCAGUAUCUGCUACUCCUCAUUGUCGGGAUCUUUUCUUUGACCGUUAUCGAAUCGGCCGGCCCCCUGGCGAAGACCGGCAUCUUCACUCUUCUCAUCUGCUCUCUGCUUCUGCCCAUCACCCGCCAGUUCUUUCUCCCCUUUCUGCCCAUUGCUGGGUGGCUGAUCUUCUUCUAUGCAUGCCAAUUCGUUCCGAGUGAUUGGCGGCCCGGCAUCUGGGUGCGGGUUUUGCCCGCCAUGGAAAACAUUCUCUACGGCGCCAACAUCAGCAACAUCCUGUCCGCCCACAAGAGCGUUGUCUUAGAUGUUCUGGCAUGGAUCACCUACGGACUCUGUCAUUACGGCGCGCCCUUCGUUGUCUCGUUGCUCCUGUUUAUUUUCGGGCCACCGGGCACCACUCCGCUCUUCGCACGGACACUGGGCUACAUCAGCAUGACAGCCGUCACCAUUCAGCUGAUGUUCCCCUGCUCGCCUCCGUGGUACGAGAACCUGUACGGGCUUGCCCCGGCAGACUACUCGAUGCAGGGUAACCCAGCCGGACUUGCUCGCAUCGAUGCGUUACUUGGCAUUGAUCUGUACACCUCUGGGUUCAAGCAGUCCCCCGUGGUGUUUGGUGCCUUUCCCUCUCUCCAUGCGGCCGACUCGACUUUGGCAGCUUUGUUCAUGAGCCACGUUUUCCCGCGGUUGAAGCCCCUUUUCGUCACCUACACUCUGUGGAUGUGGUGGGCUACGAUGUAUCUAUCGCAUCACUAUGCCGUUGACCUGGUCUGCGGUGGCCUGCUCGCCACGGUGGCAUUCUACUUUGCCAAGACCCGAUUUUUGCCGCGAGUCCAGAGUGACAAGAUGUUCCGCUGGGACUAUGACUACGUGGAGGUCGGUGAAAACUCGCGCGAUUUCGGCUACGAUCUCGCCAGCCUGGAUGGCGAAUUCAACCUGGACAGCGAUGAGUGGACCGUGGGCUCUUCGUCAUCGGUCUCCUCGGGCUCUUUGAGUCCGGUGGACGACCACUACACUUGGGAGAGCGAGACUCUAACCUCGAAUCACGACCUCGAGUCCGGACGCUAG